CACGUAUCUGAAUGAAAAGUCACUCCAAAUGCCAGCAAAAUGUGAAAAUCUCCAAGAUGAUGUUGAGUCUUUAUCUAACAAAAUAGACGGGUUUUCAGAGGAUGACUACCUUCAGAUUAUCACAAAUAUACAGAGCUGUCCAUGGAAACGACAAGCAGAAGAACAUGAGAAAUUUAGGGCACAGCUUGCUUCUUGCUGUGAUGCUGUUGAAAACUUCAUUGUUUCUAAAAAUAACACCCCAGUUGGGACUAACUUGAGUUAUGAGGUGGAAAGUAGAAAAAAAAUCCAUAUUGGAGAGAGCAUCUUUAAUAUGUUUCCAGUGUCCCAGCCAUUUAUGGAUUACCCUUAUAAUCAAUGUGCAGUAGUUGGAAAUGGAGGAAUUCUGAAUAAGUCCCUCUGUGGAGCUGAAAUAGAUAAAUCCGACUUUGUUUUCCGGUGUAACCUUCCUCCAACAACAGGAAAUAUUAGCAAAGAUGUUGGCAGUAAAACAAAUCUUGUGACUGUGAAUCCCAGUAUCAUAUCAAUAAAAUAUGCAAACUUAAAGGACAAGAAAGCUGUAUUUCUGAAAGACAUUGCAGCCUAUGGCGAUGCCUUUCUUCUUCUGCCAGCAUUUUCCUUCCGGGCCAACACCGGUGCCUCUUUUAAAGUGUACUACACAGUGAAAAAGUCUAAAGCAAGACAGAAGGUUGUAUUUUUCCAUCCCAAGUACCUGAGGCAACUCGCCCUUUUCUGGAGAACUAAAGGUGUGGCAGCCUUCCGCUUGUCGUCGGGCUUGAUGAUCACUAGUGUUGCAGUUGAACUGUGUGAAAAUGUGAAGCUAUAUGGGUUUUGGCCCUUCUCUAAAACUGUGGAAGACACGCCUGUCAGCCAUCACUACUAUGACAACCAACUACCUAAACAAGGCUUCCAUGAGAUGCCCAAAGAAUACAACCAAAUUCUCCAACUUCAUGUGAAAGGAAUCCUCAAAUUACAAUUUAGCAAAUGUGAAAUAGCCUAA